UAUUGAGCCGGGUAAUUGCUUUCCUCAUGGUGCUUGCCAUCCAUGCCACGAUUAAAUGCUAAAGAAUUGAGAUCUCAUAUAUAACCAAAAAUUUUCUUGGGUCAUUCUCAUUUCUACACUAGAAAAGAAAAAAGAAAGAAAGAACAGCUCCCGAGCAACCAGCGCCGCCCUAUUUGCCACAAAACCCUAGCGUACAUACUCCACAGACAUUGUCGUUUACUCUCGGCAUCCAUGGAUAUUGAGGCUGAGAUCCGUGCACUGCAGCUUGACUCUGCUGAAGAUAAUAAUGCCACGCUCAUUCCUGAAGAUGCAAAACCAGAAGAAGUUGAAAUGACAGAUAAGGUGGAGGAGGAAGGUAUGACGGAUGAGGUUGAUACUAAAUCUCAGCCAGUCCAGGCUGAGCCAAAAGUGAAAGACAAGGAAGUAGCUGAUAUGGAUUGUGCAGAAGUACCAGAUGAAAUGGAAUCACAAAAGAAGCGCCACUUGAAUGUGGUCUUUAUUGGUCAUGUUGAUGCUGGCAAGUCAACAACUGGAGGCCAGAUACUCUUCCUCAGUGGUCAGGUUGAUGACCGUACGAUCCAGAAGUAUGAGAAAGAAGCUAAGGAUAAAAGUAGAGAAAGCUGGUAUAUGGCAUAUAUUAUGGACACUAAUGAAGAGGAGAGGGUUAAGGGUAAAACUGUUGAAGUUGGAAGAGCACAGUUUGAGACUGAGACAACUAGAUUUACCAUUUUGGAUGCACCAGGUCACAAGAGUUAUGUCCCAAAUAUGAUCAGUGGGGCAUCUCAAGCUGAUAUUGGUGUGCUUGUGAUUUCUGCUCGUAAAGGGGAAUUUGAAACUGGAUAUGAGAGGGGUGGGCAGACCCGUGAACAUGUGCAGCUCGCAAAGACUUUGGGUGUGUCAAAGCUACUUGUAGUAGUUAAUAAGAUGGAUGAUCACACUGUCAACUGGUCUAAAGAAAGGUAUGAUGAAAUUGAAUCAAAGAUGGUACCUUUUCUCAGGUCAUCUGGCUACAAUGUGAAGAAAGAUGUCCAGUUCUUACCAAUAUCUGGUCUUGUUGGUACUAACAUGAAAACUAGAGUAGAUAAGAAUAUAUGUCCUUGGUGGAAUGGUCCCUGCCUAUUUGAGGCCCUCGAUUCUGUUGAAGUUCCUGUCAGAGAUCCAAAAGGUCCAUAUAGGAUGCCUAUAAUUGACAAAUUUAAAGACAUGGGAACUGUUGUUAUGGGAAAGGUAGAAUCUGGAAGCAUAUGUGAGGGUGAUUCCUUAUUAGUUAUGCCAAACAAGGCUCCAGUGAAAGUUUUAGCUGUAUACUGUGAUGAAGAUAAGGUUAGGCGUGCUGGACCUGGUGAAAAUCUACGGGUUAGGUUAUCUGGGAUUGAAGAGGAGGACAUAUCGUCAGGUUUUGUCUUGUCAAGUGUUGUAAAACCGAUACCUACGGUCACUGAAUUUACAGCGCAGCUGCAGAUCCUUGAAUUACUUGAGAAUGCUAUUUUUACAGCUGGCUAUAAGGCUGUCUUGCACAUUCAUUCUGUUGUUGAGGAAUGCGAGAUAGUUGAGCUACUACAGCAAAUUGAUCCAAAGACAAAGAAACCCAUGAAAAAGAAAGUUCUUUUUGUGAAGAAUGGUGCUGUUGUGGUUUGUCGUAUUCAGGUCAAUAGCCUGAUUUGCGUUGAGAAGUUCUCAGAUUUUCCUCAACUUGGGAGGUUCACUCUUCGCACUGAAGGGAAAACCAUUGCAGUGGGAAAAGUCACUGAUCUUCCUUCACGCAGUAGUGCUUAAAAAAUUUUGUUCUUAGAGGUAAGCAAAUUGCUGUGUAACUUAUCCUGUUGUGUUGCAGCACGGAAGAGUGGAGGGAUUGUUGCUUUAUCUAUUAUUGCAUUACAGAUGUAUUGAUGUAACAGUUGUCAAGAGAAGUUGAGAUGGUUAUUGUUGCUGCUCUCAUUGUGAUUUUGAUAUAUGGUAUGAACCAGUACACACCAACCCAUUGUUCAUUAGGGGUUAAAAAGAAUUGCGGUUAAUGGUGUUCAAUCAGUUUGAUCAAGCUUUGUUUGUUGGAUGGUUUUUGGUAGGCAAGUCUGUUUAAUGUCGAAUUUGUUGAAAAAAAUAAGCAUAUUUGUGUUUUUUUAACUCGCCAAGGUGAUUGAAAAAAAAAGAGGACUGGCUUCGUUUCAA